AGGUACACGGUAGGGGUAAAGCAGUAAAUUGGCACAAGAAUUACUGCACUGUAGUACAUUUCAAUUAACCCAAUUUCCAACAAAACCUUAAAACCCUAAAAACAGUCGAUCCCCAAAACCUCCUCUUUCCCGCUUACAGUCCCACCAUUGUUAUCGAAUAAUGUACGGUGGUGAUCCUCAGCACCAGCACCACCAGCAGCACCUACGGCCUCCGCCGGGAAUGCAGUUGCCUCCUCCGGGAAUGCAGUUGCCGCCGCCGCCACAGCCGCAGCAUCCGAAUGCUCACCAAUUCCACCACCAACAACAGCCGCACGAUUUCUCGCGGGGCCCCCAUCCUCCGCCCGGCCCACCACCGCCUCAGAUAAUGCGGCAGCCAUCUGCUUCCUCCACUAACCUGAACCCUCCCCAACUAGAUUUUCACCAGCAGCAACAACAGCAGCAGCAUCCACCUGCUCAGCCCCCUUUUCCCGUUCAGCCGCCUUAUGAUGCUCAUGCUGACAGUUUUGCUGCAAAAAGAAUGAGAAAAAUUGGUCAAAGACGGGCAGUUGACUAUACAAGCACUGUUGUGAGAUAUAUGCAGAUUCGAAUGUUUCAGCGAGAUUCAAGGGAUAGGACAGUUUUGCAGCCUAACCCUGCAGCAGCAAUUGAUAUGUUGCCUAGUGUUGCCCACGUAGAUAACCCAUCCACAAGUUAUGCAGCAAAGUUUGUACAUACAUCAUUGAACAAAAACCGAUGUUCAAUCAACUGUGUUUUGUGGACUCCUAGUGGGAGACGUCUUAUUACUGGAUCUCAAAGUGGGGAAUUCACUCUGUGGAAUGGGCAGUCCUUUAAUUUUGAAAUGAUAUUGCAGGCUCAUGAGCAAGCUGUCAGAUCUAUGAUAUGGAGUUAUAACGAGAACUGGAUGGUUACUGGAGAUGAUGGUGGCGCCAUAAAGUACUGGCAGAAUAACAUGAAUAAUGUCAAAGCUAAUAAGUCAGCACAUAAAGAAUCAGUUCGUGGCUUAAGCUUCUGUAGGACAGAUUUGAAGUUCUGUUCCUGUUCUGAUGACACUACUGUCAAAGUCUGGGACUUUGCUAGGUGCCAAGAGGAGCGCUCAUUAUCUGGCCAUGGUUGGGAUGUAAAGUGUGUUGACUGGCAUCCUACUAAGUCAUUAUUGGUUUCCGGUGGAAAAGACAACCUUGUCAAACUCUGGGAUGCUAAGUCCGGGAAAGAACUCUGUUCAUUUCAUGGCCACAAGAGUACAGUUCUUGGUGUGAAAUGGAAUCAGAAUGGUAACUGGGUUUUAACAGCUUCAAAGGAUCAGAUUAUCAAGCUUUAUGACAUACGGGCAAUGAAGGAGCUUCAAUCUUUCCGUGGGCAUCGGAAGGAUGUUACGUCAUUGGCUUGGCACCCAUUUCACGAGGAAUACUUUGUUAGUGGGAGUUUUGACGGAUCAAUUUACCAUUGGCUAGUUGGGCAUGAUACUCCCCAGGUUGAGAUACAGAACGCACACGACAAUAGUGUUUGGGACCUUGCAUGGCACCCUAUAGGAUACCUUCUCUGCAGUGGUGGCAAUGAUCACGCAACAAAGUUUUGGUGCAGAAAUAGGCCUGGAGACCCCGUCCGUGAUAAAUUGAACACAGGACAAAAUCAAGCAGGUUAUGGUGAGCAGAACCCUGCUAUGGGAGGCCGUGGGCAGGUACCAUACCCUAUGGCUGAGCCACCCAUAAACCCUGGACCAUUCGGAGCUAAUUUGGCUCGGAAUGAAGGUACAAUCCCAGGUAUUGGAGCUGCAAUGCCGCUAGCUAUUCAAUCUCUCGAUCAAGGAGAUCAGAAACUACCCACACCAGGUUCAAAUCCAAUGCCUUUAGGACCUCCUCCUCUGCCGCCUGGUCCACACCCAUCCCUUCUUAUGAACAAACAACAACAGCAGCAGCUCUAUCAACAAAACGCUCCACCACAACUCCAACAUCACCAGCAAAUGUCCUCUCUGCCUUUGCCGCCACCAAAUAUGCCGCCUCACAUGCAGCAACCUCCACAUUACUUAUCUCGCCCUCCCCCUCAGCUACAACAGCACAAUACUUCUCCCAACGUGCCCUCGUCAAUGCCUGGCGGCCCUAUGGGUGGUAUGAAUCAAAUGGUUCCACAAGGCCACUAUAUGGGGAUGAAUCAGAUGCCUUCUGGAUCGGUGCCACCUGGCAAUAUGCCUUCACUUGGUAACCAAAUGUAUCAACCUGGGGGUGUCUUUAACAGGCCCCCACAAGCAGGGCAGAUGCCUAUGAUGCCUGGAAUGAAUCCUUAUCAGCCUGGAAAUCCGAAUGGUCCUGGUAUGCAGUCGAAUUAUAAUAUUCCAUCUGGGAUUCCUCCACCUCUGCCGCCAGGGCCACCACCGCACGGUCAAUCUCAUCAGUAGACACAAUUUGUAUAUUUUCCGAACUUUUUUAGUUAGAAAAAAAGCGGACAUAUAUAUCUCUGUUGUGUUGUGUUGUAAAUUGUACCUUUGAUGAAAUUUUGCUGAUAUAGCAAAGAUGCAGGCUUAUUUUUAUGCAGUUUUUUUUCAAUUUUUUUUAAUAGACUCUUUUAGGUGCUGUAUUUGUGGCUAUGUUACCAUUUUCUGGUUUGUUUAAGAUACUUUUAUCUGAUUUUAGUAUUUCAUAUUA